AAUAGGGAUACAACAUGGCGGGUCAGUAUCCUGGCUUUGGUGGGUACAACCCAGCACCACGCUCAAAUCCCUACGGAAACCAGCCUCAUCCUCAAGGUUAUGGACAGCCUCCUGGUUACCCGCCUAACAUGGGCUAUCCACCACCUGGUGGGGGCUACCCAGGGGGGUAUGGAGGAGGAUCUUUUGCUCCACCACCUGGAGCUGACCCUACCUUGUGGAACUGGUUUGUUACUGUUGAUAGGGAUAGGUCAGGUCAAAUAACAGCAAAUGAAUUACAGCAGGCACUACUGAAUGGAAACUGGUCCCACUUUAACAGUGAGACAUGCAGGCUUAUGAUUGGUUAAGUGCCCUUUUUCUUUUAUAUGUACUUGUCACAUAUUAUUUUUGUCCUUCAGGACCCAUGUUGUUUUCCACACACACACACACACGCACACAUACAAAAGUCGUUAGUAAAACUCUCAGGCCAACAAAGGUACAC